AUGGGGCCCUGGGCACUAGGGGAUCAUGGGGCCCAUGUGUCCUCACCCACACUCCAACCACACCCAAAAAAGCCUAUGAAAGGUACCAGGGGCAUCUCAUGGUGCCCCCUACUGACCCUGGGCCCUCGGGCAGUGCCCGAGUUUCCAAAUGGUCAGUCCGCCCUUGUGGGGACCUGAUUCAUAUUGCUGUGGCACUGCCCCAAGCUUCACAGAUACUGGCUCUGAGUGCUGAGUAUUAUUAACCAGGCCUAUCAACUUCAGUUAUCAUUGGA